AUGCUUCAACCCCGGCUCCUAACGCCCCUCCGGGCUCUGGGAGCAGCGUUUACCCGCCCAAGCACCUCGAUAACCCGUCUCAUUCCUCAACAAUCACAAACGCAAUAUCUCCUGACCCGGACAACCUCCGCACUCCGACCAGCACAAUCAUCAUCUGUUCUCUCCAACCCGCUCCUCUCCUUCUCCCAAGUCCGACACGCCUCCCACUCCGCCCAAGGAGCCGCAAAUAAGCACUCCCGCGACCCGGCUGGAAAACGUCUCGGUGCGAAGCGAACAGGCGGAGAAUACGUGGUGCCUGGCUGCAUUAUCUUCCGCCAGCGCGGCACGAAAUGGUUCCCUGGUGAGAAUUGCGCCAUGGGCCGCGAUCAUACCAUCUACGCCGCUGAAGCCGGAUAUGUGCGGUACUACCUUGACCCGGCGCGUCACCCGGAUAGAAAGUACAUUGGAGUUGUCUUUGAGAAGGACGGAAAGCUGCCCACACCUCAGAAUGCGCCGACACGCCGCAAGUUGAACCGCAUUGCCGUGCCGAGAUUACCGGAUGCUGGAGUUGAGGGACAGUCGGAUCUGACAAUUCUUGUGAGCGAGGAGACAGGUUCGAUGGUUGGGAGUGCUCCGGCUGUCAAUGCUCAGGAGGGGAAACAGUUACGCCCUGGGUACAUGUGGCGUGAAGCCAACUGGUCAAUUGGACGUGCUGCUGAGAAGGCAGGGAUCACUGCUGCGCCGUAUGACCGGAAUGAUCGGUGGUUGGCGUGGAGAAAGAGACAGGCCAAGGUCCAGCGGGCUAUCCAGAUGAAGAGCUUGAAGAACAAGAAGAAGGCGUCGAAGAAGGCUAAGAAAUGA